AUGAUUUGGGUAGUACUCAUAAAGUUAGAAUAUGAGGUGUUUGCUGAGUUCAAGAAGUUCAAAGUAAAGGUUGAAAAUCAAAGUGGACAAAGGUUGAAGAUAUUCAUAACAAGUGGUGAAGGUGAGUUUAACUCUGGAGAGUUCAAGAAGUUAUGUGAGGAGAAUGGUAUUGAGCAUGAGGUAAUUGUUCCAUAUACUCCAAAGAAUAAUGAUCUUGAUGGAAGAAGAAACAGUACGGUGGUUGAUAUGACCAGAAGCUUGUUGAAAGAAAAGAAUUUGCCUCACAUAUUCUGGGGAGAAGUUGUUGCUACUACAAAUUAUGUGCUUAACAGAUGUCUAACUAAAAAGUUAAAGGAAAUAGUUCCUCUAGAGAAGUGGACUCGAAGAAAGCAAAGUUCUGAUGGUGAUUCUAAGUCUGAAGGUGACUCAGACUCUGAAGGUGAUUCUGACUCCAAAGGUGACUCAGAAUCUGAUGGUAAUCCAGCCUCUAAUGGUAAUCCAAUUUCUAAAGGUGGUCCAGACUCUGAAGGUGGAACUUUUGAAGGUGUACCUGGCUCUGAAGGAGAAAUCAUACAGUGUGCCAUGAUGAUGGAUGUUCAACCAGUCAGCAUUGUUGAGGCUCUCAAGAAGAAAGUGUGGCUAGAAGCCAUGAAGGAAGAACUUAAGAACAAGAAAGCCAUCACUGUGAGAUGGGUUUCCAAGAUGAAGCUGAAUCCAUAUGGGUCAAUUCUCAAGCAUAAAACAAGGCUAAUAGCUAGAGGAUUUCUACAAAAAUCUGGUUUAGACUACAUUGAAGUGUUUGCACCUCUAGCGAGACAUGAAACAAUCAAACUGGUGAUUGUUAUAGCUGCAAAUAGGAAUUGGCCUUUGAUACAUUUAUAUGUAAAAUUUGAUUUUCUGAAUGGUCCAUUGGAAGAAGAAAUUCAUGUGUUACAACCUCCUGGAUUUGUGAUGGAGAGCAAAGAAGGGACGGUGUACAAGCUGCAUAAAGCUUUGUAUGGACUUAAACAAGUUCCAAGAGCUUGUAAUAUGAAAAUUUGA